AUGCUUGUUACUUUCACUUGGAUGUGGAGACCACUUUGUCGGAAGAAACAGGUAGACGGACUGCACAGCAAAGUCUCCACGGCUGAAGUCUCGCUCAAGAGUAUAAGCACCCACUUGGAAAGCAUGCCAUUGGUGGACAACGUCUUCAACGUCUUUCCCGCUCGUCUAACAAAUAUCACCAAAGCAGCAAUCGAGUCGGUGCAAUCACGAUAA